CAGGAUGUUGUCAAUAAGACGAAAUUUUGUACUAAAUAAUUCAGCUUGACUUUAAAAUGACUGGCAGUGAAACUGGUAUAUCUGAUUUGUGCGAUGAAGAGACAUGUGACACUGGUUUUGAAAAAGAUGUUGACAUGGAAAUCAUCGAUGGGUUUUAUUAUCAAAACGUACCCAUUAUUAACGACAAGGUCCGGUUAUUUGCUGACUAUUGGAUGAAGUUGUAUUCAAAUUGUUGUUUACAACGAGAUCAUGCGGUUCAAUUACUAAAUGACGACAAAGUUGAGGAAGCUAAAGCUACUCUUGAAGAUUGGCCAGAUUCAUUUGGGUCACCUGAUUUACCACAGUUAUUGUUGGAGACUCUUAAUGAACCAAAGCGAAAGAAGCGAUCGCCAUUUACAGUUGAGAGUGAUGCUGUUUCACUUGUCCACCAAAUGAAAGAGAAUUACAUCAGAGGAAAAAGAUUGCACUUUGAUGUUCCAAAUCUAGUUCCAGAAGGCGAAGUUUCGUUAGUCGAGUAUGAGAACUACAUCAAACAUUGCGAUGAGUGCUUUAAGACUGUCGAAAACUAUGUUAUUCAGAAUGCAUUCGUGUAUGGAAUGUGGCUCAGUCGAGCGUUUGAAAAGUUUCAAGAGGAAAAGAGUAUGAAGCGAGUUUCUGGUAACUUCGAUGAUUGGGUUGAUUCGAGAUGCAGAGUUAAGAAAACAAGAGCUCGGCAACUUAGAAUGUUUUACAAGCUUUUUAGUCCUUAUAAAAAGGUGUUAAGAUGUAAGUUACCAUUUAUAUGGUUUGUAAGGAAUGGUAAAACCGUGGUUGAUUAUUUUAAAAGUCAUCACGAGGCAGCACUACCAUGGACCCAUGAACUAGACUGUGCCUGUGAAACUUGCAAGAUGUAAGCUGACACAGCUGUGGCGUGACGUUACAUGGUAGCGACAUAAAAAUAAAAUCGAGUGUAAUAUUGUCUAAUUUUUAUGCAAUAAAAAUAUCAUGCAG